GCAUCGAUCUCCCCAGCCGUUCCCUCUUCUUCUUGAGCGGCCUCUCCCGCUGGCACCUGCAGCACGCUAUCAUGGACAUGAGGCAAGACCGACUCUCCCUGACUUUCCGGACGGUGGAUCGGUCUGGAAGCCGUUCGCAGCUCUGGAACCGCAGCUGGGCACAGCUUCGUGGAGCUGAGGCAGCGAAUGCUCUAUGGCCUUUGGUAACUCCAGAGGGAUGGGAGUUGCACCGCCUGGAGCGUUGGAACUGGCGUUCCGAAGAGCCCGAAAGUCAAAGCUACUACCGCGUUCGACGCUCUAAGGGCCCAGAGAAGGCUGCGGAUGGGAGCGGGAACUCUUCCAAGGUCGCCAACGGGAUGCAGGGAGAGGCCUACGCCUACAACGGCACUGUGGAGUGGGCGACUCCCUCGCGGCUCGAGGACCUGGGCCACUUCUUUGAGGGCAAGUCUGCGGGCCGGCAAAAGGGCCGGGGGCGCAGCUUCUACCGCCCGCGGCAGCAGCAAGUGCAGCAGCUCUUCGAGUGCGCUGAGACACUGCACGACGCAGAAGAGCUCUCCGCCGUCCUGACCUACCAGGAGAGCCUGGCCAAGCAGUGCUACGACGGCGGCCUCUCCUACGAGGAGAAGGCGGCGAAGCGCCAGGAUCUGACUGCCGUGUUGCUCCAGAACAAGGUCAUGUCGCACCGAAGGCCUCAUGCUUUCAAGAUCUUGUGCCCGGAGCCACUGGCCUCUGGCGUGCUCGGGCACCGAGGGAGUACCAAAGACCGCAUCCAGGAUGAGUGCCACUGCCGCCUCGUCAUGAGCAAUCGCGACGAGUUCUACCCUGGCACGCGCCUGCGGCUAGUGGUGAUCCAAGCUGAGGAACAGCUCUCGAUCCUCAAGGCCCUGGACAGGGUGCUGGACCUGCUGGCCGAGUGCGCAGAGACCGAGCGUCAGAACCCGAGCGGCCGCACUGCUGUGCAGGGCGAGCCCGAUUUCCUCGGCAAGGAGCAUGGGGAGCUGGUUUUGCGUGCCGCGGUGCCGUUCCGAGUCGGUUCCGCCAUCAUCGGGCCCAAAGGGGCCCAUGUGCAAGCGCUGAAAGAGGAAGCUGGCGCUAAAAUCAUCAUUGACAAGGAGCACCAGCAAGGCCACCAGGCCUGUCGUUUGGCUGCGCGGCCCGAGGGCCUGAGGAUAGUGCUGUCCCGCAUCAGUGACUACAUGGCAGAAGACGCUGCCCAGAGGCCGAGCGAGUUCGACAGCUGGGCGUCCAUCCGGAACUUCGGCCAGCAGGAGGACGGACACGGCGGUUACGGCCAAAGCCACAGCCGUGACGGCCAUGGAAGAGACAGUUACUCCAGAAACGGCCGUGAAAGCUACGGCCGUGAAAGCUACGGCCGGGAGGGCCACGGCCGGGAUGGCUACGGCCGGGAGGGCUACGGCCGGGAGGCAUAUGGUAGGGACGGUGGGAGGGAUGGACACAACAGCUACGGUGGUUCUCCUGCGAGUCACGGGGGUCAGGGCCUCAUCCACACGUAUCAAGUAUUGUCGCUGACAGCAGCGAGGGAUGCCCAGCUGCAUCUCCAAACUCAGGUCACGCCCAGGGCCCAAGAGGCCGCGGCCCCGGAGCCGCCUCUGAAGGCUUCAAGCACUUCACUCCUUCCUGUGCCCGAAAAAACAAUGGCAGUUGGGGGCAUCGAUGCAGCCAGCACCGCAUUCAUGAUGGUGUGCAUGGCGCUGGUGCAGCUCAUGACGCCGGGCUUGGCGUUCUUUUAUGGAGGCCUAGUCAAGGACACAAGUGUUCUCACCAUGAUGAUGCAGAGCUUUGUGUCAAUGGGAGUUGCCAGCAUCAUCUGGUUCCUCUUCGGCUAUUCCCUAUGCUUCGGGGAGAGUCUCUACUUCAUUGGCAACCCCUUCACGCACUUCGGCCUCCGGGGACUGAACGUCAACGAAGCGCUCCCGGACAUGUCCAUUCCAGGCCUCCUCUUCGCCGGGUACCAAGGCAUGUUCGCUGUGAUCACACCGGCGCUCAUGACCGGCGCGUUUGCGGACCGCUUCCGCUUCAAGCCGUACCUGGCAUUCAUUGCCCUCUGGCUUGUGUGCGUCUAUGCGCCCUGGUGCCACUGGGUCUGGGGCGGAGGAUGGCUGGCACAGUGGGGUGUGAAGGAUUUUGCCGGAGGCAUUGUGGUGCACGUCACGGCGGGAUUCUCUGCCCUGGCAAGCCUCAUCGUGGUGGGCAAGCGCCAAGUCUCAGAAGAGGACCUGGAGGACCACGACCGACCUCACAAUGUCCCCUUUGUUGCUCUCGGCACGGCCAUGCUCUGGUUUGGUUGGUUCGGCUUCAACGCUGGAUCAGCGUUGGCAACUGGAUCGGUGGCCGUUGGUGCAGCUGUCAACUCUGAGAUUUCGGCUUCCGUAGCCUUGUUCCUCUGGCUCCUCAUCGAUUGGGUUCGCAAUGGCCGUCCCGGCUUGGUUGGACUCUGUGUGGGUGCCAUCGCCGGUCUUGCCACCAUCACGCCGGCUGCUGGCUUCAUCCAGCCCUGGGGUGCAUUCAUUCUCGGCAUCGUUGCCACUUUCUUCUGCUAUGCGUGCUGCGAGCUUCGGAAGCGGCUGGGCUUUGACGAUGCCUUGGAUGUCUGGGGCGUCCAUGGUAUGGGCGGCUUCAUGGGCACGGUUUUGCUCGGGGUGCUUGCGGAUCCGGAAGAGUGUGGCGCUCUAGAGGCGGCCCCCAGCUACUGCGUGAACCCGGGCCAGGUGACCGCCGGGAUCGAGCAGGUCGGAAAGCAGCUCGUCGCGGCUCUACUUGCGGCUGUUUACUCUGUACUUGUGACGCUCGUGCUGCUGAAGGCAAUCAACCUUUGUAUGCCUUUGAAGCCGAUUGGUACUGGAGGACUUGAUCUCACCGAGCACGGUGAGAUGGCAUACCACAGCCCUGCCCGUCAGUACAUUCAAGAGCCCAAGAAAGGUUCGGAUGACGACUCGGUGGUUUGA